AUGGCCUUUCGCUCAGGACCCAUUGCCCCGGGUAUUGCAUUCGUCACCGGGGGUGCACGCGGUUUAGGCAACGCCAUCGGGGUGUCGUUCGCAAAGGAGGGCGCCAAAGGGGUAUGCCUAGUCGACAUCCAAGACGAGGCGACCUUUGAGGAGGGCAAGAAAGCCGUCGAGAAAUACGGUGCCAAGGUCCUAUGCAUCCGCGCCGACGUGACCAAGGAGGAAGAUGUGGAGCGCGCAGUCAGCGAAGCGGUCAAGGAAUUUGGCCGCAUCGACUAUGCAGCAAACUUCGCAGGCAUUGUCGGUCCCCUGGCCGAGACGUGGGACAUUGACACGGAGCAGUGGAGACGGGUCAUCGAGGUCAACACGGUCGGCGUGUUUCUCUGCAACAAGCACGAGUUGAGGCAGAUGAUGAAGCAGGAGUCGAUCGAAGUUGAACAAGGCCGGCCACGUCAACGCGGAUCCAUCGUCAAUUGCGCAUCUGUGAAUUCUAUCCAAGCCGGCGCUGGCACGACGGGAUACUCGGCGUCGAAACAUGCCGUCAUGGGCAUUACAAAAGCCGCCGCCCUCGAGGCACGCAAGCAUGAUAUCCGCAUCAACGCCGUCUCGCCCGGCUUCCUCCUGACCAAGCUCCUCGAUCCCUUCAUGGCCCAGGGUAAUGGCCAGCUCGCGGGCAAGGCCUGGGAGGAGUAUGAAGCGCGGCAGGGCCGGAAAGCCACCUUUGACGAGAUUGGCGACGUGGUGGUGCUGCUCAGUCUCCCACGCAUGAGUUUGGUGGUGGGACACAACCUUGUCAUUGAUGGAGGCUUCACCAUCAACGAGAAUACGUACUAG